AUGCCCGACCUCGAGCUCGUAAGUGCCCCUAUCGGUGCCCCAUCGCUGGAUCGACCGCUUUUCAAGGCCCAUAAAUCUCUUCCCCGACGCCGCGAUAUCGAAUCCAAAUCGUAUACAAUCGAUAUGACCUUUCCGACCGACACUGACCAUGAAAAAUCCAACGGUGCUGCUGCUGUUUCAAUCACACCCUCACUGCCACUGACGCCUCCCAACCAAAUUCCAGAAGAUCCAAACGGAGGGGACUCGUCGCACGACCAGCUUUCAUCUCCGUUCAGUAACGGCACUGCGACUCCAGUCACGGGAUUCAGUCCACCUACGCCCGAUAUCACGCCACCUCGCGUGAGAGAUGCUACCCCAAAGGCUCGACCUCCCUUGUUCCUAGCAUCGUCAAUGUCCUCGCAAGCCGAGUCCUUCCAAACAGCACGAGAGAACUUUUCGGACGAAAACCUCACAGAGAGCGGUAGUCCAUCAACACAUUCGCUUGUUCAGCGUCAUCGUCGAAAGCCGACUUUGAAGCAAUCGCCUCUCGCAAUUGAUGUAGAACGCCCUGUCACCCCUCCUAACAGGGAGCUAGAACCGGAAGCGUUUGAAACACCAAAGGCGAAAGAGAAUGGCUGCGUUAAGAGGAAGAGUAACCAGAAGGAAACGACGGUGACAACGUCGCCAUCGUCAUUACCGCGCAAGCGCCAACCCAACGGAACGCGUCGACAAGGCAACCGUGUCCGUUCUACCGCUGAAAAAUCUCCGAGCAAAAGCCAGGAACCACUACCAUCUGGCUUAGAUCAAUCUUCGGAGGCUUUAGCGCUAGCGAAAUUUGGAGCGGAGAUAGGAUGGGACUUAACGGAUCAUGAGCAAAAAUUGAUGGACCGAGUCGAUUCCUGGAGAAAUUCAGCGGGCUCGUUCACAUCAACCAUUGAAGCACGGGUGAUCGAACCAACGCCUCAGAAGAGAAGGACGCUGAGACAUACCGAGAAAAGGAUUUCUCUGCGGUCGGUGAGCUCACCAGAUCCACCAUCUACCAACACGUCUCUUGAUUUCAAUGUUGGCGACUCACCGCAUCGAUUGGUACAUAAAUCCGCCCGCAUUUCAAAUCGCAACCGACACAGCGUGGCAUCGGAUAUGUCAGUCUCAAAUAGCGCUACUUCGGGCAACCCUCCCAAAGCUGAGGUGAUUCCGGUUGUUGUUAUUCCCCAAAGACGUUCUUCUUUGAAGUCUUCUGCUCCUCCCAGCCGCAAUCAGUCGGUCACUCGAUCCCAGGACUUGAGUCAUCGUAACAACAGCAUUUCUCGCAGCAAAGCCAGUGACUCGCUACCAAGACGGAGGAAACGAACAAUGUCGGAUUCCCUUCCUUCGACAGGCGAGCAUAGCAGGGCAGACAGCCGGGGUCGAGAUCUGACGCGUCCACCAAUACCUCCGCGCAGCUCAUCUCUGUCGGCACCCACCAGCAGAAGUAAUUCUCGUACGACCUCCUUGACUUCUGAAAGCCUGCGUCGUCACACCGAAGCGAUGAGCCUGACAUUGCACCCCCCCAUGAAGGAAGUCACUGCAGCUGCGUUACCCUCACCAAGAAUCAUCCUGCCUGAUGAGCCCAAACCAUCCGAGCAACCUGGAUCCCCAUUCCUGCAAUUCCACAUUGAUGAUGGAGAACGACUUCGCGCGCCUUCUUUACAUUUUACGCAGUCCUCGGUCGUUUCCUCUUCACCUGGUCCUAUUGAAAUUAGAGAAGCUACUACGGUUUCCUUUUUCCCGCAUAAUAACGAGUCGCUCUUGCUUAUCAAUCCUUACGUGCAGACAGAGUCUCGUGCUGUUAGAGCUUUACGUGACUGGGAUUUAGAACCGUCUGGCAAGGUAAGCACUCCAAAGCAGUCUACAGCAGCUGUGAAUUUCGAUUCACCUCUUCGAAACCCGCGCACGCCACCUAAGCCACCCGUACAAGCACUUGUCUCAGCACCUCCAGUAGACGAUAUCAAUCCGCAAAUAGCCGAUGCUGAAGUGAAUCAACAAAGAAGCAACCGUUUCGGUCGUGGGCUAGGCUCGGUAAGACGUGCAUUGAGCGCACGACGUUAUUCAGAUACACCAGGCCCGCCCUUGUUCAGAUCCCUUUCGACAAGAUCUGCAAAGAACAGAAGAGCAGAGAAAGCGUCGGAUAGCCAACUCCAUCCAUUCUGGCGACCUCGUGGGUUCUGGGAUGAUUUCGACGACAAGGAUGAUGGACUCGUAAACCCCGCUCCACAACCCUUCAACGCACCCGAGGAAGAUACUUUUAUAAGUAACAGCCUGGGCCUGCCUCAGAAGCGGGUUAUAUUUGCCGGCCCACUGGCGCUCGCUCGUCGCCUUUCUAAAUCGCGACGCUCGCGCCACCGCCUCGCCCUUCGGCAUCAACAAAGUCAGAGCAACCUCAACCUCGCAAUGGGGAUUGUUCGAACUGGUUCUCCCUACCAACACCGCACCGUACGACCCCGGUCACGACUGAGAGUUUUGAUGCCAUUGACAGCACUCCGCGACUUCCAGCAGCGGGUGAGACAGGCCAGACAAAUGCGCGCAAGGGCAAGACUCGAAGCACGACGCGAGAGACUCAAGCAGAGCAUCGGAGUAAAGACACUGGCCAACCCGUACUCUGUUGGACCGUUCAACAACGGCAACCCCUACCAACAAACCAGCAUCGCCUCAAACGGCCCGAUACACCGACUAUGA